AGCUUCCUGCAUGCUGUUACGGUGGCGGGAUCGCUGAACAUGGGCACUAGGGUACGAUUGGAGAUUAGGAAGAACAUGCAGACUGGCAGCCUGAUAUUGGGUGGCUUUGAAGGCAAAAGAUUUCCAAUUGACAUUUCCGUGAGUCAAUCAGCUUUGCAAAUCCAGUCUCCGGAUAAUUGUGACAGGCUUCAUCUGCCGCAAGAGGUGAAGCUGGUUCCUUCAACGUGUAGAUAUGUGCAGCACAUCUCUGGGGAAGGGUUGCAUGUAAGGAUGAAGGCUCGUGUUGACUGCAAAACAGAAAAUAUUCCAAUGGUUAAGGAGAUGCUAAGACGUGAAGAACAAUACACAUUUUACUGCCAGUCAUGUGGGGCCAUUAUUAUUCAUCAACAGCAGUUCCUCAGAGUACUUCCUUUGCCUACUGAAAACUGGAGCUCUUUGGUUGAAGAAUGGUGCUGCCACCCUGAUCCCUUUGCCAAUCGUCGUUGCUUGCCCAAGGUUAACGACUGCUUUCUGGGAGACACAUUUCUUUUGGUGAAUAAAGCAAAAAUCUCAGACCCCCCUGGGGAGACUAAUGAGAUGUCAGAUGUUCCUCAUCCAGUUGAUGCUAAUGUCUCAAAAUCAAAGGAAAAUACCAAAGUCAUUUGCAAGCGUUGCAAGGCAAUACUGGGAGAGACGGUGUCAUCAGACACUAUCAGGUACUAUAUCACUGAAGUAAUGAUUCGACCAUCAUGUCAUGCAUAUACCAUGAUUUCAAGGAACCAGUUUGUGGAGAAUAUGAUUGUCCAGAUUCUCCUGAACUUCUCGUCCUCCAGAAGCACAUUCAGGUUUUGUGUUCAAGGACAAGAUGGCAAACUUUUCCUGCUGCUCUGGCUACUGAAUGUUGACACAGUUUUGGUAGAAUCAAGGUCAUCUGGAAGAAAUAAUUCAUAUUUUUUUUCUGGAAAUACAUCCAGUGAGUCGUCAAAUGCCCUGGAAGUUCAGAAUUGUGCAAGGCUACUAUACAUGCCAUGCAUUGACAAAAGUCAUCCAGAGCUUGAGGAUAAAUGGAUGAAUGAAACUGGAGCUCAUUCCUUGACAUUUCCAUCCAGAACUUGCUUAGAGCUGAUCUUGUUGCUCUCUCUCAACAAUGCCGCUUUGCCUCACUCCUUGCGAUUCAUGAACGAAUGGCAGGUAUCCUACUUGAAGAUAUGAGCAACGAGUCCGUAACCAUCCAUGUUCAUUAGAAUCGAAUGUGGUAAAAGAAAUGAAUGUAAAUGACUGAAAAGAAAAAUGGCAGCUGUCAUAUAUUUGGAAACACAGAUGAGAGACUGAUCUCCGGCAUACAUAAGAUAUUUAUUUUUUUGGGCUAUAAUUCUUUAGAGAGUUAUAGAUAACCUUUAAAAAGAAAUGUGAUAUGUAAUUCUACAGGGAUCCCAUUAUUAAAUUCCCAAGCCUGAGCUGAUCUUCCAUAGACAUUCCUAACAAUAUGUUCUGGGUUGUACAGUGUCCCUAAAAUCACCUCAGUGUCAUUACGAAGAGAAGUAAUUAUAUUGGUCCUACUAUUGCAAGAGUUGGCGGAAGCAG